UUUUUUCUUUGGGGAUUUAUUUAUUUUUCGAUUUGAUUUAGUCUAUGAUCAAUUCUUCUCCAUCGAUUAUAACUUAUACUUUUUCUUCUGCUUCUUCAUCUUCCUCUCACUCUUUCCCUUACCGCGAAGCUACCUCUCUUCCUCUCACCCUCUCAGCUCUCCUCUGCUCGCAUUCCCAGGGGAAAAAGCAGAGAACCAUUCUUCCUCGUUUCCUCCCCCGGGGCAAUUGUCUUUUAGUCUAUAAUCACUACCCACUAAUAAAUCUCACCCCUCUUGCCUUCCUCCUCUAUCAUCUCUACAUAUUUUCCCUAUAAUAGCUUUUAUCUUCUUCCACCCCUUUCAAUUUUUUCUUUUUGUCGGGAACGAAAGAGAGAGCCCGGUCUCCCUUCCACGCGACGCACUCAUAUCUCUUGUUAUCCCUUGCGUUUACUGGGCCUCCGCCGCUCGACACCCGCUCACCAAACUCAAACCACAAAUCGAGUCUAUCUGAGGAUUCGAAAUCUGACUGUUAAAUUUCGCUGUGCGAAUUUGGCUUUGGACAGAUGAUUCUUACAGACGCAGGAAGGGCCGUUCCGAUCUGAUCUGUUCGCUGCGCACUACGGGUGCGUGCCGUACUUUUGCUAUCGAAUUAAUUGCAUUUGAAUUGCGGGUAUUCUAAUCGCGAUCGCAUCGCCUGCAGACUGCCUGAUCUUCCCUUCCCCC